CUGCGGCGAAUAGCAACACUGAGGAAAGCAGGUUUAUGGUCUCUGAAACGUCUGCCCAAACUCCAAGAGGCCCCACGACUCAAAUCACACCAUGAUUACCUUUUGGAAGAAAUGCAGUGGAUGGCAGCAGAUUUCGCUCAAGAAAGAAGAUGGAAGAUGAUAAGUGCCAAGAGACUAAUUGUAAGCGUGUAUCGUUACCAUGAGGAUCUGACACUUCAUAAGGAAACAUGCAAAAAGAGAGAAGAGAAGCGGCUGAAGGCUAUUGCUGCUUUUACUGCUAGAGAAAUUGAAUGUUUUUGGUCCUCCAUUAAGCAGGUGGUAGAUUUAAAAUUACAAGGAGAGCUAGAAGAGAGGAGAAGGAAAAUAUUCAACUCCCAGAACACCUCAAAAAACGGUAACUGGGGUCCUAUUCUUGUUAUUUCACAAAACUUUAAUGUACUGAAGUGGGUGACUGAACUGAAAUGCUGGUGUCCUGCUUUGAGAAUUCUUCUGUACAUUGGGGAUCGAGGAGAACUUCUAAAAACUAGACAGGAAUGGAUUGACCCCAACAAUUUUAAUGUGUGUGUUGCCUCCUGCAAGCAAGUCUUUGAAGACUAUGAGGCAUUCAUGAAAGUGCAAUGGAGAUACCUAGUUUUAGACGAGAGGCAAAAUGGUAAUAAUCUGACAGAAAAGCACUGGGAUGCAGUUUUCAGUCUCCACAGUGAUCACCGUUUACUCUUGAUGGAUACACUUCUGCCUACUGCCCUAAAAGAUCUGUGGACGAUUGCCUGUUUCCUGAUCCCAGAGAUUUCCAAAUUCUAUUUGGAUUUUACAAAGGUAGCAUCUGCAGAAGGGAAUGAGGAUCAUUACCAGACAGUGGCAAUAAGACUGCAGAGAGUAGUUCAGUCAUUUAUUUUGCGGAGGUCCAAAAUUCAUGUCGAGAAGCAGUUAGCGAGGAAAUAUGAGCAUGUGCUGAUGUGUACUCUUUCUAAUCGACAGAAGUCAAUGUAUAAAGACAUCCUGUCUCAACCCAGAACUCAAGAAUGUCUUAGAAGUGGGCACUUUGUCAGUGUUCUCCAUAUUCUGAUGCAGCUCCUACGGGUGUGUAAUCAUCCUGAUCUGAUAAAUCCCCGGCUUCCCAGCUCUUCCUUUGUGCUAGAGACACUGGAGUUUAGAACUGCUUCUCUAGUGCUGAGUGCAUUAAAACGGGAUCUUUGGAAGCACACAGACCUGUCUCUCUUUGAUGUGACUGGGAUGGAAGACAAAAUGACUCGCUAUGAAGCACAAAUGCUGCCAAAACUGAAAGUAACUAGGAAGCUUAUUGAAGAGAUCUACUGUUCUCCUUCAUCACCCAGACUCGAGCCAGUGAAACUCAAACCGAAUAGGUUAUUUACACCAGUGCAGUAUGGACAAAAACCCAAAGGCAGGACUCGAGUCUUCACAAGGUCUCAGUUGCAACAGACAGAGGACACAGCAAUGGUUAUGGCAGACCACCAUGAGGAAAUAAAAAGACAACAACCUCUUGCCAUGUUUUCAGAAUUUCAACAUAGGAAAGCCAGCAAGGUAGUACGUGGCCCAAUGGCUUCCACUACUGGAGCACAAGAGCGAAUUGAUCAGCCAGAGAAACCUGUAACAUUACAGUUUAGAGGGAAAACUUUUACUUUGUCUUACGGUCAAUUCUGUCUGCUUGUUGGUAGACAGUCUUUGAAGCAACAAGUGGAUGACUCAAGCACCAAAUCUAAAUUGAUAUCUACAUGCUGGUGUCCAACUCAGGGUACCACAGAAGAAAAAAGACAACUAAAGGAACACCUGGACAAAAUGUAUUUGGGGAAUGAGCGUCGUUGUUCCCGAACGCCCUUGUAUGGCAGAGACUUGUUAGAAAUUUGUUCAUGGAUCAAUGAAAGAAAAAAUUCUCAGCAGUAUCCUGCCAGGAUUAACAAAUGGGGCUGGUCUGGCUUUACAAAUUGCUUUCCGUAUUCAAGUACUUUGGAGAUUCUAAAGGAUCCCCUGCAAGAACUCAUUCUGACAUUAAAGCACCAAAAGAUUGCCCUGAAGGAUAUUGUUACUAGAGGCCUCUGUGUGUUGCCAGCUGUAGUUGUUGCUCCUCCAUGUUUGCAUGUAGCAAAUCCUCCUUAUUCAUAUAUCCAUGAAAUGAAGGCCUUCAAGUUUAAUCUGAAGGAACAACUACUGCCCUUCUUCCAUCCAGUGCAGCAGAUAGCAAGGCCUCAUUUUAUACAGUUUCCAGACCCCCUACUGGUGCAACUUGAUUCAGGCAAGAUGCAAGCUCUAGCCGUUUUGCUUCAGAAGUUGAAAGGAAAAGGGCAUCGUGUAUUGAUUUUGACACAGAUGAUUCCAAUGCUUGAUAUACUGGAGCUUUUCUUAGACUUCCAUUUUCUCACAUACAUAAGAGUUGAUAAGACUGAUGCUCACAGUUGGCAUUAUCUGGAAUCCAUAAAAAGCUUCAACCAAGACAAGAGAUUCUUCUGUGCUAUUGUUUCUUCCCGCACUCCUUCUACAGGUGUCAGCCACGUAGAUGUGGACACUGUUGUGUUUUAUGAUAUUGAUUUAGAUCAACAGACGGAUACAAAGGCUAAAGAGUGGUGUGAUAGAAUUGCAAGAGGCAGAGAUAUUCACAUAUACAGGCUUGUAAGUGGUAAUUCUGUAGAAGAGAGGCUGUUGAAAAAAGGUAUUAAACAUCUGAUUCAAGAAGUGGCUACUCAGGGAGAUGAUUGUUCAGUAGGAUUUUUAACUCAGGUUCUUUGUACUGAGUGUGGAAAAGAGAAUUCCAAAAAGUUUACAGAAGAGACACAAUCUGAGAUAAGAGAUUACAUAGAUACAGAGUUGUACAAUUCAAGAAAUACCAUGGCUCCUUUGCAGUUAGAAGAGCUGGCUAGCUUUGUGGAUCAGCUUACACCAAUUGAAAAAUAUGCAUUGAAUUUCUUGGAAUCAUCUCAUACUAUGAAUGAUCAAAAAAGCAAGAAAGUCAGCAAGGAGUUAAAAACUGCAAACAUAAAAUGGGAAUACCAGCGUGCCAAGGAGCUGAAAAAGGCAAAAGAAAAAACUCAGCAGGCAGUGAAAGAAGAACUCUUAACCUAUACCAGGCAGGAUGCUUAUAACAUGGAAUUUGUCUGUGAAAGACCAGAUGGACAAGUAGAAAUGAUGCCUAUUUGGACUCCCCCUGUUGUACCCGAGAAUCACAAUGAUGUCUACACUGAUUCUGUUAUGUGUCUGAUGUACAGUAGUACCCCAAUGCCAGAGUCUAAGCUUCCACCUCCGUUUGUCAGGAAGGCACGUAAGCGGCAGAGAACAGAUCUGCCUUCUUCAGGUGAAAGAAAGAAGCAUUGCGGUAGAAGGAUUCCUCCACCUUCACUUUUUGAUCAAGUGACUCCAGGAACAUUGAAAGCACGACAAAAGAGCAAAGCUCAGAAGGCCCGCUUCUUGGCGGUGAAAGAGUUGCUGGCACUUCCUUUAAACCUUGCUAUCCUGUCGCCAGCACAGACAGUGAACUGGGACUUUGUCAGCAAUGUUGUUAACUCUUGUAAUUAUGUUUAUCGCUCCCCAGAACAAUGCCAAAAUCAUUACAUAAAAACAUUUGUAGGUGCACAAGGAAAGAAUAUAAAUGGUUAUCCUCUUCGUGCUAGACAAGCCUAUUCUAAAGACAAGAAUUCUGAGCGUACUCAAAUCUAUAUGAAUCAUUUUGAGAUGAUGACAAUGACUGCUAGAAAAAGAAGUUUCUCAAAUAGGUUUCUUGUAUACAACUAUGACAAGCUAUUUAUGUCUGAAGUUGUUUCCAGCUCUGCAGAGCCUAUGAUGACAAUGGAAAAGGCGUUGCUAGAAGGUCUAUUAGCUCCACAGCUGCAGGAGUGGCAGCCUCCUCAGAAGCAAGAUGAGGGACAAACAGUGGAGCAAGUUCAAACUCAGAGUCAACCACAAUGGGGAGCACAGGCCUCAGGAAGUAUGCUCACUCCAGCCACAGCUACAUUGCAGCAGAUGUCCACAGAACCCGCUAUUGCAGCACAGCUGAACCUGUGGCUCCCUGUCAGUUUUUUCAAGCAGAAGCACUCGACAGCAUGAGUUGUGACUCUGUCUGAUGACAACUGUACACAUGCAGAUACUUUUGAUGAUUCAGUUUAUGUUAGGUAAUCUCUACUUUUUAGUUUUUACUUUACAGUCUGCUAUUGAAAAUAAAGUCCUCAAGUCCUUAGCAUUUUAAAGUCGGCAAUAAAUGAAAAUGUAUGGGAGAA